GAAAUAGAUAUUUCAUGCGCAGCCUAGCGGCCUGACUCAGUAGAAGAUAUACGAAAAUUAAAAUUGUAUUGAUUGCUAAUGAUUUAUCAAAAGUCUCUGCUGUUGUGUGAAAAGGGGAGAAGUGGCUAACAUUUAUGAAGUCAGAAAAAGCCGUCGUGCAGUUAAUUUGGUGACUGAGAUAUGACUAAAGAUCGUUUAGCAGCUCUCAAAGCGGCUCAAAGUGACAAUGAAGAACAAGAUGAUGUGCACACAGUUAGCAUGGAACCACCUGGUGGUUUUAUGGAUAUGUUUUUUGAACAGGUGGAAGAGAUUCGUGGGAUGAUAGACAAAAUAGCUUACAAUGUGGAUGAAGUGAAGAAAAAACACAGUGCUAUCCUUGCAGCUCCUCAACCUGAUGACAAAACAAAGGAAGAAUUGGAGGAGUUGAUGACAGACAUCAAGAAAACUGCAAAUAAAGUCAGGGCCAGAUUAAAAGAUAUUGAACAAAAUAUUGAAAAGGAAGAACAUUCAAAUAAAACUUCAGCAGAUUUAAGGAUACGCAAAACACAACAUGCAACACUGUCCCGUAAAUUUGUGGAGGUCAUGAAUGACUACAAUGCUUGUCAGAUAGACUACAGGGAGAGGUGUAAAGGCCGCAUUCAAAGGCAACUGGAGAUCACUGGAAGAACUACAACCAACGAUGAAUUGGAAGACAUGUUAGAAUCAGGAAAUCCAGCAAUAUUUACGCAAGGGAUCAUUAUGGAAACCCAAGCAGCAAAACAAACUCUAGCAGAUAUAGAAGCUCGACAUAAUGACAUUAUUAAGUUGGAAACUAGUAUAAGAGAGCUCCAUGAUAUGUUUAUGGAUAUGGCCAUGUUAGUAGAACAACAGGGAGAAAUGAUAGACAGAAUAGAAUACAAUGUAGAACAGGCUGUGGAUUAUAUAGAAACAGCUAAAAGUGAUACAAAGAAAGCUGUCAAGUACCAGAGUAAAGCUAGGCGGAAAUUAAUAAUGAUCAUCAUAUGUGUUGUUAUCUUACUUGCUGUAAUUGCGAUUAUUUUGGCUACCACCCUGGGUUAAUGCUGCAUGUUUAUGAAAUCAGCACAAACUUGAUGUGGACUCUUUUAUACAAAUGGAUCAUUCCCAUUGUGAGGAGCUACUGCAUGACUUAACAUGUAUGUCUCAUGUAUUGACAAUGUCCACAGCAGUGAUGAUGUACCUAUAAUUAGAGACUGUGUUCAAAGCAACGAUCCAAGGCAGUUUUAACAAUUAUGUAGAGGGGAAAAAACAUUUGAUUUUAUGCCGAGAAACUGCACCCUAUAGAUGUAUUUGUUUUCUUUCUUUGUCUUCUAGAGAAUUGACACAAGACAUAGUAUUGUAGCAUGAUAUUUCCUAAUUUAGAAUUUUCUUGUAUAUAGAGACUUCUUUAGUGUGAAGCUGACAAGAUUCUGAAUUAGCAUUGUUGUUUUAACUAUAAAUUAUUUCAACCUAAAUCAUUCCUACUUGAUAUAUAUGCGAGUAGCACUAGAAUAUACAGUGUUGAUGUGAAUCUGGUGAAAUCUUUCACCUCUAUUUCAUGUUUUUUUUAAAUGAACUUCUUUAAAUAAAACAUAUUUAUUAAACUGUU